CCCCUCCCACUCUGGCCCCGCCCCCUCCGCGGAGCCCCGGGGCCACCGGGGGGCGUGCGGUGGAUGCGGGGGGGGUCCCACCGAGGGGGGGGUCUCCCCCGCUCCCCGCCGCUCCCCCCAGCCCCGUCCCGCAGUUUUGGGGCUUUUUGGGGCCGCUCCGGUCCCCCGCGUGCUCCUGCUGCGUCCCCCCCCCGGGGCAGCGAAGCACCGGGAGAGGGGAGGGGGCGGCUCCUGCCGGGGCUCCGCGGUACCGGGGGGGUCAGGACGGGGGGGUCCCGGCUGUGUGUGUGUGUGUGUGUCCCCGCUGCCCCCCCCCCGCACCGCACCGCACCGCACCGGGGCCGGCUGAACGCGAACGGAGCCGGCCCCGGGGCGGAGCUCGGCGGGGCGGAGCGGGGCCCGGCGCGGUCCUGCGGAUGCUCCGGUACCGGCGGUGGGGAGCGGGGCGAGCUCCGAGCCCUGCACCGGGCACCCAGACCCCGCCUUGGGACCGGGGCUGAGCCCUCACCUCCGGUACCGGCACCGCCACCGGCAUCAGCCCUGCGGUACCGGCACCGGCACUGCCCCCCCCCCCGGUACCGGCCCCGAUCUCCCCCGGUACCGGCCCCCCCGGCCCCAGGAGCGGACCCUUCCCGGCAGCGCGGGGCAGGUACGGGCGCUGCGGGAGCGGGGACCCCCGCAGGGAGCGGUGCCGGGGGCAGCCCCGGUGCCCGGAGCGGUGCUGGGGGGGCCGGGCAGCGAUCGGCACGGGGCUGGGGGCUCCCCCCCCACCGUGGGCUGGGGUUCGGUGAGCGGCUCCGGGGGGGAUUCGGGACAGAGCAGGGGGGACGUGGGAACGUGGGGGGACAGGGGACAUGGGGACAUGGGGAUGGGCACCCCCGAGGAGCCCCCCCGAGGGGUGCGGGACAGGCUGCGGGCACCACGGGGCAUAAAGUGGGGGGCACUGUGGGGUGCAGGCUCAGCGGGGAUGGUGGCCCCGUCCCGCCACCCUAAUAGCAGGGGGCAAAGGGGACAGCCAGGCUCCAGCAGCCCCUGUGGGGACCGUCCCUGCUGGGCCUGGGUCUGCGGGGAUGGCGUGGAGGGGGGGUGUGGGAUGUGAGCUGGGUGCCCCCAUGGGGUACGUGGGGUAUGGGGGCUCCUGGAGGAGGAGGGGGCAGCAGCCCCGCGUGCCGCAAGGUAAGGGCUGUGCGGUGAAGGUGAGCUGCAGGCAGCAGGAGCCAGGCCUGGAGCAAAGCGCUUAAAGGGUUUCUGGGCCCUCCUGAUGGUGACACGUCCACAUCCCACAGCCCGGAGCAAGAGCCGGGGGCUGCAGCUGCCCGGCACGUGGAGCCCCCCUGCACAGGGCCACUGCUCCUGCCCUCUGGAUGCUGCCGGUUUAAAUUAGGUCAGGCGUGCGUCGUGGGCUCCGCCGCGCUCCCGCUCGAGCCCAGGGGAUUGAUGGCUCGUGGCAGGCACGGGGAGGACGAGCUUGGGGCUGGGGUGGUGGGGAGCCGAGGAUGCUCCGUGCUGCUUUGUGGGGAGCGGGUGCUGCCUCUCCUCAGCCACCGAGCUCAAACGAGGGGGGCACCAGGCAGGCUCGGAGCAGGCUGAAGCACCACGGAGAUGUUCCAGGUGCAGGUUUGCAGGCAGCCUAAAGCAGGCAGGCUCCGGGAGCAGCUGCAGCAGCCACCGGGACCCUGCGUGGCGGCAGCAUCGCCCACCCGGCCCCUCUGCUGAAGCCUUUUCAGGGGGUGAAGCCGUGCCUGCUCUAAAAGCUCUCGGAUUCUGCCUGGAAGCAGUCUGCGUUCGUCAGAUGCCGGUACGCAGAAAAUUGAUGUCCUUAGGUUGCAGCGAGACUUUCUUCAAAGCCCUGCGCUCCUUAAUCACAGGAUAAUGCAGGGAGCUCUCCAGCUACAGCGCUCGUAACCACAGCAAUUUGGUUUCUGCGGCGCUUUUAUAACCCAGGAAUACCGGAGCAGAGGUAACCAAGCACCAGGCAGGGCGCAGCGGAGCACCGAGCCCGUGCCACACGCAGGGGAGCUGCUGAGCCCCUGAGCCAACAACAGGGCCACGGAUCAGCACCGGGGCUUUCUGCACCGGCACCGUCGGCGAUGCGCGCGAUGGCAGAGCAGGCUGUGGCAGCAGCGGACGCCUCCCCAACCCUGGCACCAUCCCCAGGCUCCCCUUGGCACAGGGACACCGAUGGGACAAAGCCUCAGCCCGCCAGCACCA